AUGUACCCAAACCAAGGAAACCAAGGUUACCCUCCACAGGGCGGGUACCCUCCUCAGUACCCCCCAGGACAACACCCUCCCAACCCCCAUGGACACCCAAGCCCUUGUCCCCAGCCAGGCUAUCCAGCUGGACCAGGCUACCCAGCUGGACCAGGCUACCCAGCUGGACCAGGCUACCCAGCUGGACCAGGCUACCCGGCUGCCCCUGGGUAUCCUGGAGGUCCUGCGGUCUGUCCACCUGGUCCUGGGUAUCCUGGAGGUCCUGCAGUCUGCCCACCUGGUCCGGGGUACGGGCACGGACAUGGGCACGAGAAGAAGAAGAAGCACAAGAAACACAAGCACGGACACAAUCACGCUAACUGCCACAAGAAAGGGAAGAGUGGACAUGGGUCUUCCAGCAGUUCUUGCAGCAGCAGCGACUCAGACUGA